CUGGGCAGGAUGUGUGGGCUGCAGAGGGCACUGGCCCUCACCUCGUCUCACCAGGGCCAGUAGCCCGCCAGGCUGCUGAGCCCCAGAGACCCAGGAGCUCGGGCUGUGCGGAUCCUUCCGCCUGUGUCCCCAGACCCGACAGCUCCCACAGACUGGGCACACAGCCUGUGUUUGCCCCCAACCCUCCGCCACGAGCCUUUGGACUGCUGAGCAAGCAGGAUCCGCCUGGCUGGGCAUCCAGGGCUGCGGGAGCCUGAGGGGCUGGGAGGCGACUGCCCCUCACUCCAAACCGCUGCUCUUUGGACUCCGGGGGACCCCCGCCCUGAGGUUCGACACCCAGGCUGCUGGGCUUGACAGCAGGACAAACACUGGCAAAGGUUCCAGAACAACAACAGCGGCAUGGUGCGGGGGACAGCGGAAGUCCAUCGAUCGCCCUCACCUCUGUGACCAGCGCGGGGCCAGCUGGACGAUGUUCCGAGCACUGGCCAAGGCCAGUCCUGCCCUGGGGCCCCUGGCGGCAGGCUGGGCACCGACCAUGGCCUCCCACCAGCUGCACGUGGGCCCGCCGGAGGCCCUACUCAAGCCGCUCUCUGUGCCCAGCCGGCUCCUCCUGGGCCCCGGCCCCUCCAACCUGGCCCCCCGGGUCCGGGAAGCCAGUGGGCUGCCGCUGCUCGGGCACAUGCAUAAGGAGACAUUCCAGGUCAUGGACGAGAUCAAGCAGGGCAUCCAGUACGCGUUCCAGACCAGGAACCCCCUCACACUGGCGGUCAGCGGCUCGGGACACUACGCGCUGGAGACGGCCUUGUUCAACCUGCUGGAGCCAGGGGACUCCUUUCUGGUCGGGGCCAACGGCAUAUGGGGGCUGCGGGCGGCGGACAUCGGCAAGCGGAUAGGAGCCCGCGUGUACCCCAUGACCAAGGAGCCUGGAGGCCACUACACGCUGCAGGAGGUGGAGGAGGGCCUGGCCCAGCACAAGCCGGUGCUGCUGUUCCUGACCCAUGGGGAGUCUUCCACCGGGGUGCUGCAGCCCUUGGAUGGCUAUGGGGAGCUGUGCCACAGGUUCCAGUGCCUGCUGCUGGUGGAUGCCGUGGCGUCCCUGGGUGGGGCCCCCAUCCACAUGGACCAGCAAGGCAUUGAUGUCCUGUACUCCGGCUCCCAAAAGGUCCUCAACAGUCCCCCGGGCACCUCCCUCAUCUCCUUCAGCAGCAGGGCUGAGCGCAAGGUCUGUGCUCGCAGGACGAAGCCCUUCUCCUUCAGCAUGGACGUCAGGCUGCUGGCCAACCUGUGGGCCUGUGACCGCAAGCCCAGGAUGUACCAUCACACCACGCCUGUCGUCGGCCUGUACAGCCUGAGGGAGAGCCUGGCGCUCCUGGCGGAGCAGGGCCUGGAGAGUAGCUGGCAGCGGCACCGUGAGGCCUCGGCGUACCUGCACAGCCGCCUGCAGGGCCUGGGCCUGCAGCUCUUCGUGAGGGACCCGGCCGCCCGUCUGCCCACCAUUACCGCUGUGGCCGUGCCCGCAGGCUAUGACUGGAGAGACAUGGUCAGCUACAUCAUGGACCACUUCGGCAUCGAGAUCGCGGGCGGGCUGGGGCCCUCUGUGGGGAAGGUGCUGCGGAUCGGCCUGCUGGGCUGCAACGCCAGCCGGGAGAAUGUGGACCGCGUGGCCGAGGCCCUGAAGGAGGCCCUGCAGCACUGCCCCCGCAACAAGCUGUGACCAGCCGGCUGAGCCUCCACAGGCCGCAGUGGUCACCAGGCCUGGGGCCAGGAGGGCUGCCCUGGAGCCAUCUCCCUCCAAGCGGGGCCACGGGAGAAGGGUUCACUGUGCUCUCCACAGAACUGCUGUUCCUGUGGCCACUGGCCUCUGGGACGAUCAAUAAAGUGCUGGCCAGCA